AUGACCAUUUCAAUGACCACAUCCCCGACCAUUACCUUGACUGCUUCCCUGGCCCUGGCCGCUUCCCUGAACCGCUUCCCUGACCGCUGCCCUGACCACUGCCCCAUCCGCUUCCCUGACCAGAACCGCUUCCCUGACCACUGCCCUGGCCGCUUCCCUGUCCACUGCCCUGACCCUGUCCGCUUCCCUGACCAGAACCGCUUCCCUGACCGCUGCCCUGUCCGCUGCCCUGACCAGAACCGCUUCCCUGUCCGCUACCCUGACCAGAACCGCUUCCCUGGCCGCUGCCCUGACCAGAACCGCUUCCAUGACCGCUGCCCUGUCCGCUGCCCUGACCAGAACCGCUUCCCUGUCCGCUACCCUGACCAGAACCGCUUCCCUGGCCGCUGCCCUGACCAGAACCGCUUCCCUGACCGCUGCCCUGUCUGCUUCCCUGACCCUGUCCGCUACCCUGACCAGAACCACUUCCCUGGCCGCUGCCCUGACCACUGCCCUGGCCCUGUCCGCUUCCCUGAGCGCUGCCCUGGCCAGAACCGCUUCCCUGACCGCUGCCCUGGCCCUGUCCGCUUCCCUGACCAGAACCGCUUCCCAGGCCAUCGCUUCCUUGGCCAGAACCGCUUCCCUGUCCGCUUCCCUGACCAGAACCGCUUCCCUGACCGCUGCCCUGGCCAGAACCACUUCCCUGACCGCUGCCCUGGCCAGAACCACUUCCCUGACCGCUGCCCUGGCCAGAACCACUUCCCUGACCGGCAGUCUUUAUCAGAAGAACAUCCUCGACGGGACGGCACGAACGUCAGCCUCGCCGGACAGAAACCGUCCACUAGAGAAUUCAAGAGGAUCAUUAGGCCAGGGAGUGCGGUUUCAGAAUUUGUUAAUCAGGGGGUUCGCAAUGCGUCUCAAAACUAA